AUGAAUCUUACAGCAGUGAACCAAACUGAUAUGUGCGAGGACUUCUCGUGUCCAGAGAGAUCUGUUUCUUUAUCUGUCUAUGUGAUUCUGUAUGUGGCUGCAGCAGCUGUGGCUCUUCUGACCGUGUGUGGAAACCUGCUGGUCAUCAUCUCUGUUAGUCACUUCAAGCAGCUCCAGACACCUGCCAACAUCCUCAUCCUCUCUUUGGCUGCGUCUGAUCUGCUGGUGGGAGUGUUUGUGAUACCACUUCAUUUAUCUUGGGUCAUUGAAUCAUGCUGGACAUCUGGAUCGGUCAUGUGUGCAGUUUUAAAAGUUGUGAAUUUUCAAGCAACAAGUGUUUCUGUUCACACUGUGGCUUUAAUAGCUGUCGAUCGCUUUUUGGCUUUAGGUUUUCCCUUUUUUUACUCUGAGAAAAUCUCACUGACUGUGAACUGUAUAGCAACUCUGGUAAACUGGUUGUUUUCACUCCUUUAUAACUUCACUCUUCUUUAUAUAAAUGGAAACUUCACUGAUGUUGUGUGUCCAGGAGUGUGUAUUGCUAUUAUUGAUGGGAUUUCAUCAAUUGUUGAUCUUCUCAUUGUGUUUCUUAUGCCAUGUAUACUCAUUAUAAUAUUAUACACUCAUGUUUUUGUCAUUGCUAAGAAACAUGCGACUGCUAUAAGAGCCCUUCAGGUUCACAACAGCACAGAAUCCUCGAAAAACAAAAUCAGCGACAAAUCAGAGAGAAAAGCUGCGAUGCUGCUGGGGAUUCUGGUCUUUGUGUUUCUCCUCUGUUUGCUGCCGUAUUAUAUUACUUCAUUAGUGAUUCCAUACAUUAGUGAAAACUUGUUUCACAUCAGAGAUGUUACUGUAAUGAUGUUCUUCCUGAACUCCACCAUUAACCCCAUCAUUUACGCCUUAUUCUACCCAUGGUUUCAAAAAAGCUUAAAGUUAAUUUUCACAUUUAAAGUGUUUAAUAAAGACUCCUCGCUGAUGAAUGUGAUGUAA